AUGCCCCAGACGCUGAGUAGCACAAGCAUGGUGACUCCCUGCGGCUUCAGCCCCCACCUUCCUUCGUCCGGGGAGCAAGGAGGGCUGAUCUUUCAGGACGGAAACCUGAGCUCAGCGACGCUCGACGCUCUGAUCCAGCACCUCAUCCCCACCACGGACUACUACCCGGAAAAAGCCUACAUCUUUACCUUUCUGCUGAGCUCCAGACUCUUCAUCGAGCCCCAUGAGCUCUUGGCCCGAGUCUGUCACCAAUGCAUUGAACAGCAGAGACUGGAUGAACCUGUGCUGGACAAGGCCCGAGUCCGAAAAUUUGGUCCCAAGCUCCUGCAGCUGUUGGCAGAGUGGACAGAAACAUUCCCCUAUGACUUUCAGGAAGAGAAGAUGGUUGGCCACCUGAAGGACAUGAUUCGCCGAAUUGCACCCUGUGAUGAGGCUUACUGGAAAAGGAUGAAUCAGCUCCUGCAGGCACUGAAUCAGAAGCUUGCCACGCUUAGCCAUGGACAGGAAGGUCUAGUCAAAAUCAAUGCCACCGUCUCAGACAAGCUUGUCUCUUUUAAGACGAAGCCUCCCCCUUCCAUUCAGCGAGAAAUCCUGAGCGUCUGCAGUGACCCUUACACUCUGGCCCAGCAGCUGACCCAUGUAGAACUGGAAAGGCUGAGUCACAUUGGACCUGAAGAAUUUGUUCAGGCUUUUGUGCAUAAAGAUUCUUUGGACAGCACAAAGUCUUGUUUCAGUGACCAGAACAAAACAAAUAACCUUGAAGCCUAUGUGAAAUGGUUCAACCGUCUGUGUUACCUUGUGGCGACUGAAAUCUGCAUGCCGGCCAAAAAGAAGCAGAGAGCGCAGGUGAUCGAGUUCUUCAUUGAUGUGGCUCGGGAGUGCUUCAACAUUGGGAAUUUCAAUUCACUGAUGGCAAUCAUCUCCGGCAUGAACAUGAGCCCUGUCUCCAGGCUAAAGAAGACCUGGGCAAAAGUGAAGACAGCCAAGUUUUUCAUCCUCGAGCACCAGAUGGACCCCACGGGCAAUUUCUAUAACUACCGGACCGCACUGAGAGGGGCAGCCCAUCGAUCUCUCACUGCCCACAGCAACAGGGAGAAAAUAGUCAUUCCUUUCUUCAGCCUGCUAAUCAAAGACAUAUACUUUUUGAAUGAAGGAUGUGCCAACCGCCUUCCAAAUGGACAUGUCAACUUUGAAAAAUUUCUGGAGCUGGCUAAACAAGUUGGGGAAUUUAUAACAUGGAAACAAGUGGAAUGUCCAUUUGAACAAGAUCCCAACAUCACACACUACUUACACACAGCUCCCAUCUUCACUGAGGAUGGUCUUUAUCUGGCUUCUUAUGAAAGUGAAAGCCCAGAGAACCAAGUAGAAAAAGAGAGGUGGAAGUCUUUAAGAUCUACUAUUUUAGGAAAGACUUGAAGAACAAGGAAUUGACAAAGUAGGAAAAGAAAAAAAAAACAGCUAAAACACUUUGCACUACUGAUUCCAAAGAUGCCUAUCGGGGAUUUAGGUGUCAAUUUCUUUCUCUUUUUUUGAUGAACCACAAAACAUGAUGAACUGCAUUCUCUGCUGAAAUUGACAGCAUUCUGCACAAUUCUCCUUUUCUAAACGCUUCUAUACUGGAAACGACAGUGGCUGUCACUCAUACCCAGGGGCACCAAGACUGCCUGGGUUGAUGGUUCUCUUGUCUCUGAAGACGGAGAGUCAUGCCACGGUGCUACCCCAAAGCUUUGUGAAGCUCAUGUGAUCAAAUGGAAACAAAAAAAGCCUUCAGUAGGUGCUUCAAGAAGCAGCCUCUAAGUGUGUUCCCAGGACCAUGAAAUGUCAUUGUGUCUAACUCUGUUCAGUCUUGAAUGAAAACUUUGUCCUCCAAAGGGAUAACCAGCCUAGUUGGGUAAUGAGUGCACUGCAGUUGAACAACACCAACUACCAGGACAAAGGGCCUGGGGAGCCUCG